CGGCUCUCUCAAUGAUUCAGUCCAGAAAGGAAGUGGGAUAUGGGCAACUUGAUAGCGGUGAACAAGAAGUUGGACCGAUAAUGAUUAGAAUAGGGCCACCAAGUAAUAGUUGGGCUAUUACCAAGUAUUGCUGGGUUUGAAAUUCGGCCAUUACAAUUCAUGCAUCAGGACGAGGACGAGGAUGAUUAUCCCGACUUCACUCUCGACGACAAAACCCUUGCCUUCCUCCUCGAAGAGGAGUCCAAGUUCUCGCGGAGUGCCAGCGUUCAGGCGGAGACCACUACCUUAGCCGUAGACACUAGUCCUCCGUCCAAACGUCAAAAGACGGCGACGCAACGGAAAUCUACCCGGACAAUCCAACGAAACGAAUCUGCGGACGACUUGGACGAUUUACCAGACAUAUCCAUAUGCGGAGAUGGAACGUACGUAUUACAAGACAAACCGAGGCACAUGGUUGGGCAGAGUAGCCAGAAGCCGGAUAUCUCUGGACCAUUGCAUCCUGCGGGAGCGUCAACUUCAUAUGAUCCCACAGUGUCCAGAGAACCUGCACCAGCCUUUCUCAUUCAAUUUACGACAACGGCACCGCGACCUCCACCUUCUACACGUCCAGCUCAGAAUCACACCCCUAUACCACUCUCAUCACAAAGCGCGCCCUUUUCUCAGUCCGGACUCCUGCCGCGUGCAGGUGUCCCCAUAAAUAUCAGUCCUGGUGAUGCGUCACUUACCAAUCUGCACCGUCAAUUUGAGGAGCUUCGUAAAAACUACGAGAAAAUCCAAGCAGACAAGGAAAAGAUGCAAGCCGACUUGAAAAGAUUGGAGACCGAUCUUGAAAAUGCCCUUGACGCGAAAUUUGCGAAGGACGGCGAAGUUACAAUGUUGAGGAAGAGUAUUGAAAAGAAUGCACAGGAUCACGCCGCCCAAGCCGCAAAAUUCAAUACUGCGAGAGAAGAGGCGGAUAAAAGGUACAACUUGAUGCAAAAACAGUUUGAGAUAGAGAUGGAGCGCAUAAAAACGGAAUAUACGUUCAAGCAACACGAGCUGGAGAUUGCUCUUCGAAAGCCUCCAGGCUCCGCACAACCUAAGAGAACUAGAAAAGGGCCCCCGCCGACACCUGUACCUGUUCCUUCGCAGAUACGUGCUUGGGGACAGGGCAGUGGUACUUCUGCUCCUUUCAGAUCGACACCAGAAAGUCCCUACCACCCUCGGUUCGGCGAUAUCUCGAAACAUGAACGACCAAAAAAGCCGUCGUUCCACGACAGUCGUGGCUUGCCACCCGGUUUUCAGACGUCUUCUCCAACCCGCGCGCAGUGUGGUGGGAGUAGUCAAAGGAAAGGGAAAGGGAACCCUUCCGAAGCUACUGGCACCCCCGGGACGUUGAUACCAACCACUGCGUACAGUUCCCAGCUUGCGCCACAUUCAACUCCUUGCAAUCAACUUGUCCAACUAACGCCUAUUGAUCUGGGCCACCAGAAUGAUGAGUCUGUACAGUUGAACUAUGGAGAAGGGAUCCCAGAUAACCCUGUUCCCACCGAUAUCGAUAAUCCUCCCGAUGUGGAGAUGGAAGGGACGAACAUGGCUCUGACUCCAGUGACAGAGGAGAUUGAGCAACAGGAGCCUUUGAACUGGAAUAUUGCUAUGCACCGCGCUAUUCUGAUGCACACCGUGGAAGGGUCAAGGAUUUCGACGUUACAACUGCUAAUGACUGUGUCUUUGACGGAUCCUGAUCAUGCUAAGUCGCACGCUAAUGCGCUUUCUGAAAUACUGGAUGUCCUUACCAGCAUACCCAACCACCCCAAUCGGAAUUUUGGUCGGACAACUAAAGCUGUGUGUGAAGCGCUUUGUAACAUGGUUGUGGGGUUGGCAAUGAGUUCUGUGCUCUCUGCACUCGCUGCCUUGUUCGACUUGUUGACUGAUCUAAUAUAUUCCAUACCGCGUUUUUAUGCACCACUCUUAUCGAGCACGGAAUCAGGUCAAGAUGACCCGCUGAGGCUGUUGACCACGUUGUGCAAAGUCAUAACGAACGAGUUGCGUAACCUUACCGCGGCUAACGUGGUGCAGAAUUUGUGCCUCAGUGCGCUCGGGAGGUCCACCCUCUGCCUCCUGGAAGCUUUAGCCCACAAAGCCACUGGAGACGCUGAGUCUGCUCUUGCGAUUGUACCUAGAAGUUCAUCUGUCCUCGCCGUACUUUUGGAUCCUUGCCAUCCGCAAUGGUUCCUUCUCGCUAGCGUACGGUUUCUUGCGUGGGUCUCUACCAUGCGGGGCCUUUUUCGACCGUUGUUGUCGUUUCCCGAAGGAGAACAUGAGAACGGAAAUGGCGAACCGCGAGAUUUGACCCGUCUUCCCCAAGUCGAUCUUUUAUGUUCCCUUCUCACAGAUUCUGAUAACGAGUCACUUGAGGCGGAUAAGUUAAAGGCUUGGAUUGUAUUGUUCUUUGGCAUGCUCUCGGUCGCGCACCCGGACGCAUUCGCAAUCAUCGUCGAAUCUCAAACUUUGAUACCAUCUAUCAUCCUUAGACUGUGUCACUUGGCCGACCGUGUCUGGGAAAUGGAAGAAGACGAUGCACAAGCGGCUUCCAGAACGGUUGCGAUGCUGGUCCAAACUACCAGGUUCUUACACCACCUCAUCAUUGGGGGAAACUUUGACCUUCGUGAGCGUUUGCAUCGCGCAUCGAUGCGCAAGUUUAGCGGACUCGUGCAUAUCUUUAUCGAGGCAUUCGGCCGUCUCAGUUAUGGUGAUCGGCCGGACUGGAUUGACGACGCAAACAAGCAGUUAUGGGAGAAGAUUGCUGACAUGGCCAGGACCCUGCUUGGCUUGGUCGUAGAGGGACCCGAGGCCGACCUAGUUUGGACUACAUAUCAAAAUGAGGCAGAUGAGGGUGGUGACACGGGGAUGGAAACAGACGAAGAUAUGGAAGCUGGAAUUUUAGAAUAGGUGUGCCAAUAUGGACUGCUGGCUACAUACAUAUAUUACUGUAAUUUUCUACUCUGAAUAUGGCCUGAAUGAAACGCAGAGAUUAGGUGCAACUACUUGCUCAAAC